GGUCCUUCACUACGUUGCCGGCAGCUUUGCUAAUCACAACUCAGGAACUCCUGCAACUGGCGAGUGUGUGUUUUUACUCUGAUCUCCAUCUGCAGUCACAAAACCCCAGCAACCCACCAAGAAUAAGACUGCCAAGACUGCAAACUUAUUUGAUUAUACAGAGCAUCGCUUGCAUUCCUUCUGCUACCCAUGAAUGUUACUGUAAAUGUGCAACAUCUGCUCUGCUAGUGGAGGGGUGCCUUGUGAGCACGUUUCUCCAGACAGUGACAUCACGGCGUUAUCUAGACAGCGCACACGCAGGCAGGCUAGCAGCAGGCUGUCCCUCCUCUGGAGAGCUCUCCCCUCCUACACCACUACAGACUGCUACGACUGAAGAUAAAAGUAUCUUGAUUUUUACCUCUGUAGUGAGUAUCAAACAUGGAUGGUUUCCAAACAAUCCUGAAAUUCUUUAUGAACCAGAAAACCGCUAUAGGUUACAGUUUCAUGGCGCUGCUGACAAUGGGAGGUGAACGUGUGUUUUCUCUUGUUGCUUUCAGAUGCCCCUGCAGCAAUGAAAACUUCAGGUAUGGUUUGGUGUUUCUCUUCUCCCCAGCUUUUGUUUUGCUAGUUAUUGGAUAUUUCUUGAACAGCAAGACCUGGAAACUCUUUACAGGCUGCUGGGUGAAUCCCAGAAAAAUAUUCCCCAGAGGGAAUAUCUGCCAUUUCUUUUACAUCUUUGGACAAAUCACUUUAAAUGCUCUGGUAGCCCCAGUGAUGUGGCUUUCUGUGGCUUUGCUCAACGGGACUUUUUAUGAAUGUGCCAUGAGUGGCUUGAAAAAUCCUGCCUACUUACAGGCAGUUUGCCGCAACAAAUCUGCAAAGUGCUUUGAAGAGCUACACAAGGUAGCCUGUGACAAAAGCUCCUUGCCCUUUUCAGAGAGUGACGAACUGAAACGAACUCUUCAAGCACAGUCCCAGAUUUUAGGCUGGUGCGUGAUAGUUACCACGGCUCUUCUCUCCCUGCUAACCACUUGCUGUGCCAGCUGCCAGUCAAAAGUCAGCCACCUCCAGCUGAUGUUCUGGAGGGUGUACACGGAGAAGGAGAAGGAGCAACUGGAGCAGAUUUUCCAGCUGUACGCCAGCAAGCUGAGCGAGCGAAACCUGAAGUGCUUUUUUGAGAACAAGGAACCAGAAACAAUUCCCCUGCCAGCUUUUCAGGCAUGGGAAGAUGCUUCCCAGCUCUACUCUUUCAGCAGCAGCAAACAGCAUUAUAGCACAAUUCACAAGCUAGUUGAAGAAGGCCAGAAAGAAAUCAAUGAGGAAAGAGAGACAAUACUGGACUUUGCAGACAGAAGGGAAAUACCCUAGAUCAAAUAUAUUUUCAGCUUUUUUAUAUCUUGCUAAUAUAGCAUACUUCUAGCUGGUUCCAUCUCUAUAUUUUUUUCACAAUGGCCUCUUUCUUCUUCAUCAUGUUCCCUCCUAGUUACAAAUUUGCUCCAGAAGGAUGGAAUGAAAUUAUUUUCCUACGUCAGUGGAAAGCCUGCAGUCCUCCAUGGCAUUGAGGGUUCAUGCUCGCUGGCUCUGGAUCAAGAGCUGACAGCAAAAAGAGAUGAAUAAUGACUUCUACAAGAGGGUUUUAACAAUACCUUAUGUAAAAGGCACUACAGUAUGCUCAUCCUAUGUAAAUCAAGAGACGAUCAUAAAGUAACACCAUCUAAAAGAUGUGAAUAUAAUAACAGAAGAUGUGUGUGGCUUUCUGACAGCCCACAGAAAGGAAAGGUUUUGCUUCCAGCUCAUUUCCAGGCCGUUUGCAGGUACAGCAUUGUUGUGAGGCACCAGUGGUCACUCAAGGCAUCUCAGUGUCUUUGGACUCUUGUUGCACCUAGAAUGCAACAGAUGGUCACAGUGAUCAGCCCUGGUCUUCUAGGCCCUGAGAUAUCUGCCUGGGACAUGGGGCACAGUGAGGUGCCAGGUAAUUUUUCAGACAAAUCUUACAGCCAAAGUGUAGGGUACCAAGAACUUGAAAUUACCAAAUGGUUCAGCAGUUUUGUGUUUUUGUUAAAAAAUAACAUGCUAUUUUGAAACAUAAUAUGUUGUUAGUGCUUUGUUACAAUAAUGAAAUGCAUCACUGAUA